AUGGCAUCUCUCGCAGCGCUGGAGAAGGAGGUGGCCGACCUGAAGCGAAUUCGCGUCUUCAACGAGACGGUGCGCACGGGUGUCGAGCGCAUCCUGGCGAGUCUUCCGUUGCCCGACGAGAAGGACGCGGCCACCAAGGUUCGAAUUUUGCUACUGCGUAGUCAAGCAAUGCUGUUGCUUCCCCGCGUCUCGCGAGAGGCGGAGAAGGAUCUUAAUUUGGCGCUGAAGCUGCAACCCGGUUCGGCGACGACGUGGGUCGAGCUGAGCGAGUGCCUGCUUCGUCGGAACGCCUUUAAGGAGGCCUGUGAGGCACUUGAUAAUGCGCUGCGCGUAAACCCGGCGCACACCGAGGCGCUAUGUAAGUACAGCCAAAUCCAGCGCAACCGCUGCGGUGAGGAGGGAGUCACACCUGAGCAGCGCAAGGUGUACUUGGAGGACGCCGUGACCAAGGCCCGCGCUGCCGUCAGCACCAACGUGGACGACCCAGAUGCAUGGAACACACUGGCACUGUCGCUGCUGUCGAAGGUGACGCUAGAGGGCAUGACGUUUGACGGCGUGCGCAAGGCGCUGGCAGCAAUGCAGCAGGCCGAGCGGAAAUGCCCCGAGGACCCUGAUGUGCCGUACAAUAAGGCCGUGCUGGAAAGCCUUCUGGGCCACUUUGGUGCGGCAGCGAUGGACUACUGGAAGGCGCACAGCCUCGACAAUGAGCGCCUCAGAGGUACCCGUCACCUCUCAGAGGAAAAUGCGAAGGUACUGCUGCGGGCACAGAGUCGAAUGAAGACGUCCAACAGCAUUGGCAAGCGCGACUUCAAGAAGAUCUGCACCCGUAUCGAGCAAACCCAUCGAAAGUACACCCAAAACACCUCCGCCAAAGUUGUCGGCGUAGUGGACAUAAUCACAGAGCCCGCGAUGCAGCCUGUCACGCUGCUGGUGUCUGAUGACAAGGAGAACUUUGGGCUUCUGCUCUUACACGAGGUGCGCGCUACACACUUCAAGAUUGGCGACGUCAUAGCGUAUCCUGUGGCGACUCCUGUCGAGGUUAUUACUCACAACGUCGUUGCAUGUCCGGGGGUCGAGGCUGAGCCGUUGAAUCUCACCCUGACCCAUGCGUAUCCGAACCCCAGGGCCAUAUUGGUGAACGGGCAGCCACUGCCCUCCUCUGCGCAUGUGCCGCUGCAGAUGACCUCUCGCCUCUUUGCGUGA